AUGGGCGCCCCCGCAUAUUUCGAGCUAAGUUGGUCGAUUCUGAGCACCAUCGGCUUGUUCCUGACCGUCAUCGGAGUGUGGGCCAUCCUCAUUACUCGCGUGUCACCCCUACACCUCGUGCCAAUUGUCGUAUCCAUCGCAUGCGCCGUCGCAAAUGGGCUCUGCUACUACGCUUUUUACGCCGAGCAUCCGACAAGGCAGCAAGUCGUUGCCAGCGUCUUUGCCGAUAUAUUCUGGCUGAUCCAGGAAGCCGGCCUGUCUUUCUAUAGUUACCAGAUCCUCGUCCACACCCUCAAAGACCGGGCUCUCAUCAUCUUCCGCACCAUCUUCUGGACGUUAAUGACCUGUAUUGUCGCCAUCCGCAUAGCCAUCGCCGCUACCCGCGCCAUUGAAAUUGCCACAGGCGGUCCUCUCCAACAGCGCGUCGACUACCUCCACGUCGGCUACUUUACCGCCAUCGCCCUCAUCGAAACCAGCAGCUCCGCAUUCCUUAUCUGCCUCCUCCGCGACGCCUACGGAGUGUCACCCUGGAGAUCGCCAAACCACGAUCUCUUCCGUCAUCUACUCCAAUCAACCGAGAUCCGACUCGCCAGUCUGUGCUGUAUUGGUAUCCUGCGCGCGGUUACAUUCUCGCUGCGUACCACUGCCCAAAGCGCGACGACUGUCGCGGCCGAGUUUGACCGUUUUGCGUAUACGCUCGAGUGUCUUUUUCCGAUCAUUUUCAUUAUUGAUAUUCUGGCCUCGAAGAGGUUCCGCUUUGACGGCCAUACUCUUGUCUAUUGCAGUGAUCCCCCGGAGGGGCAUCCGAGCUGGGUUGGCCAUCAAACAAGGCGGCAUUCGCGGUGGGCCGCUAUGUCGCCGGGGCAUUCGUAG